AGUCAACAGCACGGAUAUUUUUGCCUCUUUGCGCUGUUUUCACCACACAGUCACCAGCCACUCCUCGUGGGACUGAACACAAGAAUUCCCACAUCUUAACAUCCAAACCCAAAGAAGCAUGGCAUGUGUGAAGUCCUUCCUGGGGAGUCUAUCUCGGAGAAAGCCACUGGAGCCAGACGGGGAGCUGUCCACUUUUAAACGAUGCCUCACCACUCUGGACCUGGUGGCCCUAGGCGUGGGCAGCACCCUGGGGGCCGGGGUCUACGUCCUGUCUGGAGAGGUGGCCAGAGACACUGCGGGACCCAGCAUCAUCCUCUCCUUCGGCAUUGCCGCCCUGGCAUCCAUAUUUGCUGGACUAUGCUACGCAGAGUUUGGGUCUCGGGUUCCCAAAACAGGCUCAGCAUACCUCUACAGCUAUGUGACUGUUGGAGAGCUGCUGGCUUUCAUCACUGGGUGGAAUCUGUUACUCUCCUACGUCAUAGGGACAUCUAGUGUUGCUCUGGCAUGGAGUGGGACAUUUGAUGACCUCAUCGGCGGCGUCAUAUCCAAAUUCUUUGAAGCAAAUGCAGCCAUUGGCCUCCCGGGCCUGGCACCUUACCCAGAUGUCUUUGCUGCUGGGCUAAUCAUGAUACUGUCAGGUAUCCUGGCAUUUGGAGUGAAAGAGUCAACGUUAAUAAACAAGAUCUUCACAGCCAUCAACAUCGUGGUGCUGCUGUUUGUGGCCAUCUCUGGAUUCAUUAUGGGGGACAUUUCCAACUGGCAAAUCAGUGAAGAGGCUCUGAUAAACGCCACAGCAGCAUUCAAAAACUUAAGCUCUACUGCCAAUGUGACAAGCAUAUAUGGAGAGGGUGGAUUUUUUCCCUAUGGCAUUGGUGGAACGGUGGCUGGAGCUGCAACAUGUUUUUAUGCCUUUGUUGGAUUCGACUGCAUCGCUACAACAGGCGAGGAGACGAAGAACCCCCAGAAGUCAAUCCCUCUGGGCAUUGUGGCCUCACUCAUUAUCUGUUUCGUCGCCUACUUUGCUGUGUCUGCUGCUCUUACCCUGAUGAUGCCUUACUACCUGCUCAAUGAAAAAAGCCCCCUGCCAGUGGCCUUUGAUUACAUUGGUUGGGAACCAGCCAAAUAUGUUGUGGCUGUGGGGUCGCUGUGUGCCCUGUCCACCAGCCUGCUGGGUUCGAUGUUCCCCAUGCCCCGGGUGCUGUUCGCCAUGGCAAGAGACGGCCUGCUUUUCCAUUUCUUGACCAAAGUCACGGCCAAGGGCAGUCCUGCUUUAGCAACCAUAUCAUCUGGAUUUGUUGCAGCCAUCAUGGCGCUGCUGUUUGACCUGGAAGCAUUGGUGGAAAUGAUGUCCAUCGGCACUCUGUUUGCUUACACACUCGUGGCCAUAUGCAUCUUGAUACUGAGGUACCAACCAGAUCCAUCGGAAGACUCAGACCUAAAAAUCAUAGAGACAAACACCAAGUUCAGCCUCUUUAAUCCUCCAUCAACCCCUAACUCAUCCACCUCCAGAAGAGUCACCAUCCUGACCAUACUGUCUGUUGCAUGUUUGGUAGCACUUUGUGUCAUUCUGAGCCAAGCAUUGGACGCUCUGGCCAAUUUGGAAGUAUGGAGUCUGGUGCUUGUAUCCAUCCUCGCUUUGAUUGUGCUGUUUAACACUUUCCUCAUCUGGAGGCAUCCACAAAAUAGCUCCAAGGCAUCCUUCAUGGUGCCUUUACUCCCUGCUUUGCCGUUAGUGAGCACAUUCAUCAACGUAUACCUGAUGGUCCAGUUAGGUGGAGAAACCUGGAUACGAUAUGCUAUUUGGAUGUUUGUGGGGUUAGUCAUCUACUUUGUCUACGGUAUCCGAUAUAGUGUUCAGAGGAAGCGCCUGAUGGGCACCCAGCCAAGGAUUGAAACUGUCAGCGGCAAAACAGACAUGGACGUCAUUAAAGAGGAAAAAUUCUAAGCACAGCUGAAGCGGAAAUACAUUAAGAUGUUUCCGUGAGUAACUGCUUUAAGUGUGAAACAACUGUUAAACAGGCUUAUCUGAUCCUGCAUUGAUACAUAUCUGCAACAGGUGUUCAGUGUUUUGAUGCAGAGAAAUAGACAGAUAGGCCAACUUGUUCCCUUUUAUUCUUCAUUAUGAUGGAGUUUGUAAUUUAUCUAAAUAUUGUCAUUGCUAGCAUUGCUUGAUGUAUUUCUGGAUCUGUAGAAAUUGCCUGUUGUCUUGGAGCCUCUUAAUAAUCUACUCUCAAAGUAGUUUACACCUGUGUUUAAAAACAAAAAGGGCUCACACUAUGUUCAGUUGAUAAUGACUAUAUUAUUACUUUGAUGACAAGUUUACAUUUUUCAU